CAUAUCCAAAAACAAAGUUGGGAAUAAUGUUCAGUGAAGAGAAUAAUACAGCAUUAUGUUCAAAAAAUGGAAAUGAAUAUUAUAUUGAUAGAAAUGGAAGAUUAUUCUAUUGUAUUUUACAAUUUUAUAGAACUGGCAAGAUUCCAUCUGUUGAUAAAG